CGAUCAACCAAUCUUUGCAAAACUUUCAUGGUAAAUCCAAAGCCUCCAACUGUAUGUGGGACGCUUAUUACAUAAGAUACUACCUACCAAUAAUUCAUAACUCUUGAGUGGAUACUAUAGUUAUUACUAGUAACUAUUUUGUGGGCCAUUAUUUAAUGGUAUAAUUAUCUCCUUUAAGUAAAUGCUAAGUACUUUUUCUUGGGAUUUUGCUUAUUCCUUCAACUUUUUUUAUAUCAUGAAGCUUUGGAGUUGCUUUCUGUAAAAUUUGAGGGAAAAAACAAAUUAAGUUUUUUCUGUGGGAGCUGUGUUUGGAAGAAGAUUAAAAAUGGGUUUUUUGAACACAAUUAUGAGUAUUUUUGGGUUUGGAUUUGGAUCUUCUCUUGGGCUUGUAAUUGGGUACUACUUCUUCAUCUUCUUCCAGCCCACUGAUGUGAAGGAUCCUGAAGUUCGUCCUUUGGCUGAGCUUGAUGCUAAAUCCUUGUUAAAGUUGCUUCCGGAGAUACCCCUUUGGGUGAAAAAUCCAGACUUUGAUCGUGUUGAUUGGCUUAACAAGUUCAUACUUUACAUGUGGCCCUAUCUGGAUAAGGCAAUCUGCAAGACUGCAAGGGAGAUUUCGAAGCCCAUUAUUGCUGAGCAAAUUCCAAAGUACAAAAUUCAGGCAGUUGAAUUUGAAACACUCAGCUUAGGCACCCUGCCUCCUACUUUUCAAGGAAUGAAGGUAUUCAUGACUGAAGAGAAGGAGUUGAUUAUGGAACCAGCGUUGAAGUGGGCAGGGAACCCUAACAUUCAUGUCACAGUCAAAGCAUUUGGACUAAAAGCCAGUGUCCAGGUGGUUGAUUUGCAUGUUUUUGCUCAUCCACGUAUUACAUUGAAGCCUCUGGUGCCAGCUUUCCCUUGCUUUGCCAAUAUCAAUGUUUCUCUUAUGGAGAAGCCACAUGUCGACUUUGGAUUAAAAUUGCUUGGUGCAGAUGCAAUGGCGAUUCCAGGCCUGUAUAGAUUUGUUCAGGAAUUAAUAAAAGAUCAGGUAGCAAACAUGUACUUAUGGCCCAAGACCCUUGAAAUACCUAUAUUGGAUGCUGGGAAGGCUAGGAAGAAACCUGUUGGAAUUUUACAUGUCAAGGUUGUGAAAGCAAUAAAUCUAAAAAAGAAGGAUCUUCUUGGAGCAUCCGACCCAUAUGUCAAGAUGAAACUUACAGAGGACAAGCUUCCUUCAAAGAAAACUACUGUCAAGUACAAAAAUCUAAAUCCUGAAUGGAAUGAAGAAUUCACUUUGUCUGUCCGAGAUCCACAGACUCAAGCUUUGGAGAUAAUAGUCUAUGACUGGGAAAAGUUUGGCGGUCAUGAGAAGAUGGGGAUAAAUGUUGUUCCACUGAAAGAUAUUACACCAGAUGAAAUGAAAGUCUUCACUUUAGAGCUCUUAAAAAGCAUGGAUCCUGAAGAUGUUCGAAAUGAAAAGUCACGUGGGCAGCUUGUUCUAGAAGCUACAUACAAACCAUUCAAGGAGGAUGAGAUAGCCAGUGAUCCUGAAGAUUCUGGAACAGUUGAAAAGGCUCCAGAAGGGACACCUGAUGGUGGUGGUUUACUUGUAAUCACCGUCCAUCAAGCUCAAGAUGUUGAAGGAAAGCAUCACACAAAUCCUUAUGUUCGUCUACUGUUUAAAGGUGAAGAAAAAAAGACUAAGACGAUAAAGAAAAAUAGAGAUCCAAGAUGGGAAGAGGAGUUUGAGUUUUUGUUGGAGGAACCACCAGUUAAUGAUAGGAUACAUGUGGAAGUGCAUAGUGUCUCAUCCAGAAUAGGAUUACUUCAUCCUAAGGAAACUCUGGGAUAUGUUGAUAUUAAUCUGGCGGAUGUUGUUAGUAACAGAAGAAUCAAUCAAAGUUACAAUCUCAUUGACUCGAAAAACGGUCGAAUUCAGAUCGAACUGCAGUGGAGAACAUCUUAAUAGUCAAGAUUAAAGAACUUGCCUAUAUGAAGUUCCCCUAAAUAUGGAACAAUAUGCGGACCUGUUUUGUUCACGUGAAUGUAGUGAUCAAGUGGUUGCUAUGUGAAAUAAUUGUAAAAUGAAUCUGAUGCUUUAUUUCCGAGUAUGCUUUUUUAAAUGGAUUUAUUAGCACGUCAAA